AUGAUCGUGUCCAAUGUGAGCCUGAGCGGCUGCGCGGGGGUCAACAGCGCUCUGUGUGCCGGAGCCGGGGAAGGGCACCUGGGGGGCGGCUCAUACCGGAACACCCUUACCCCGACAGGGAACCUGGUCGUGGCUGUGUGCCUGGGCUUCAUCGGCACUUUCGGACUUUUGAACAACCUGCUGGUGCUGGUGCUCUUCUGCCGCUACAAGAUGCUGCGCUCGCCCAUCAACCUGCUCCUGAUUAACAUUUCCAUCAGCGACCUGCUGGUGUGCGUACUGGGGACUCCGUUCAGCUUCGCGGCCAGCACGCAAGGACGGUGGCUCAUAGGAGACGGGGGAUGCGUGUGGUACGGCUUCGCCAACUCCCUCUUUGGCAUCGUGUCCCUCAUCUCCCUGGCUGUCCUCUCCUAUGAGCGCUACAGCACCAUGAUGGCUCCCACUGAGGCAGACCCCUCCAACUACCGUAAAAUCUCCAUGGGCAUCGCCCUGUCCUGGGUCUACUCCCUCAUCUGGACCUUGCCACCGCUCUUGGGUUGGAGCCACUACGGCCCUGAAGGUCCCGGGACCACCUGCUCUGUCGACUGGACGGCCAAGACAACGAAUAACAUCUCUUACAUCAUCUGCCUGUUUGUCUUCUGCCUCAUCGUGCCGUUCCUGGUGAUCGUGUUCUGUUAUGGGAAGCUGCUGUGCGCCAUCAGACAGGUAAGCGGCAUCAACGCGUCGAUGAGCAGGAAACGCGAGCAGCGCGUGUUAUUCAUGGUGGUGAUUAUGGUGAUCUGCUACCUCUUGUGCUGGCUGCCGUACGGCAUCAUGGCCCUGCUGGCCACCUUCGGACCGCCGGGCUUCGUCACUCCUGAGGCGAGCAUCAUCCCUUCAGUCCUGGCCAAGACGAGCACGGUCAUCAACCCAGUCAUCUAUGUCUUCAUGAAUAAACAGUUUUACAGAUGUUUCCAAGCCCUGCUGCGGUGUGAGACUCCUCGACGAGGCUCCAGCUUAAAGAGCUCCUCCAAGGUUGCCACCAAAGCCAUGAGAGGUGGAGCCGUCACUGGUCUACGCCGUACCAACGACUUCCUAUUUAUGGUAGCGUCCCUGGGUCAACCAGCCGCCACAAUGCCCCAACUGGGCCCCUCCUAUGAACCCACCAUCGAUGUCACUAAAGCCCCUUCGUCAGACAUCAAACCUGUCGUAGUAUCACUAGUGGCCCACUUUGAUGGCUGAUGAUUGCUGACUUUUUCCAUGGUUACAGCCAACCUCCCUGGCCAGGAAGUCAUUAAUAAUAAGAGAGGUGGUGUUACAGAGGCUCAGAGAGCAGCAGCAUGCCAGUCCAGGUGGAUUUAACACGGCUGUUGCAUCAGCUCUGUCCCGGCGAGUACAGACGAUGGACCGGUAACAAAGGGAAAUCUUAAACUGCCUCUGGACAACAUGAGCAGAAAUCAGAGGCGGUAAAACCUGCAGAAGCUGGGAGUCUGUGUUUCUCUGCAGAGAAACAAAAAAAAAAGUAUACAUCUGUCUUGCAAUUAAUGAGCAUCUGAAGGAUGUUCUUGUCCCGAUGUUUGGAGAAAGCACUGUCAGACUGUUAUGGUAAUAGAAGAGGAAUGGUAGAGAUCAUUUAUGUUGCGCAAUAUCUAAUAUUUAGUAAGGUAUUCACUCUAAUGAAAUGUCAUAACUGAAAUGUGUUCGCAGUUCUGGAGGAAGAAUAAGAUGUAUUGAUUGGUUUCUGACUGUGGUUGCAAAGCGAGGUUGAAGAACAGAAGCUGUUUAUUAUCCCAUGCAUUCUGAAGUGUUUCACAGAGCAUUCCAGAACAUUAAAAAAAAUGGAGAGGAAGAGAAGAGGCAGAGAAGAUACUGGUAAGGAUUAUAAAUUAUCAGUUGUUUUCACUUUUAUUCCCUGCCAGGAAAUUUCAUUUAAUUAAUCUCUUUGAAAUGCGUAAGUGGUUUUUAAUUAAGUGGUUUAAUAAGUGGUUUGUUGUACAUGUAGCACUGCUAGCAUGCUAGCGGCGUUCACAUAUAUUUCAGGGAUAGUAACUACUUAAAGGUCUGUAGGUCCUGUUUAAGAAAUAGAUGCAUGUUGAAGAGUUACUGUGUAGUUCCUUCAAUAAAAACUGUGCAUGUGCACUGUUGCAGUUAAAAAUUAUGCAAAUGAAGUCGGAGAAAAUCUGGUAGUGUUCAGUGGAUAGCACUGACACAGGUACAGUAUAGGCAAAAGCCCUGAAAAUGGGUGCCCCUCUGGGCUGACUUCUACAUGAUUUUCAAGUACACAUUUCCACAUGUAUAUACAGCUGUUAAGUGCUUUGUUUUUUUUUUUUUUGCUGUGCUGGAUUUGGUCAAACCCAAAGUUCAGGGUGUCCCAUGUAUUUUUUGAAAAGGUCACAGGCCUUUUAAUAGUGACGGAGUGAUCUUCAAACCUUGAAAAUAUCAGCAGUUCAGUUCCUUGCUCAUGGGCACAAAGUCAGCAUUACACAUGGACAGGUGUCAGCCUCUAGUCAUAAUAUUCAAACUACUUGCUUUCACAAGUCAAUGUGUCAAAGUCUAACGUGUUUAACAGUCUUUGAAUAUUUGGCAUCAUCUCAGAAAAUGCAAAAGCACCACCAACCAAAAGAAAAUUCUUUUACAGUUUCCCAUAACACAGGAUUUUAUCUACGGCAACAAAAUCUGAAAUAAGUUUGUUCUGUAUAUAUUGUUUGCAAUGUGCUUGUCUGCAUCUUGUUCAAUUUUUAGAUAAAUGAUCUGACACUUUUUUCCCUCUUGCAACACGAAGAUAACUGGAGUUUCUGAAAGCAGUGCAUCGGUGCUGUGUUGUCAAUGAAUGUCUAAGCUGUAAGUGGUGUGGUACGUUUCGCUACUGCAUACGAUCACAGCGUGUGCAGUGUUUUUGUAAUUCAUUUUUAGCACACAAGCUGUUUUCGUUGUGCUGUCAAGAUCUUGUAUAGAUUAAUGUACACAGGUCGAUACCAAAGCUCAAGAAAUUUUAAUAUUUUAUGAGAG